CUCUCUCUCUCUCUCUCUCUCUCUCUCUCUCUUUCUUCCACACGCGCACAUAUACACAUCCACGCGCAUAAACGCACACGCGUCCACCCCACGGCCAACAUUUUUAGAUUGCUAUGUCGUGACCGGAGCGAUGCAAAUGUCACACGAUUCAUUGGCGACUGUCAGUCUCCGACACGGACGCGUCAAUGUUUUUCUGGCGUUUGGAUGAAUUACGCGCGGCUGCUGCGUCGGCCGCCGCUGUGGAAGAAGCUUCGGUGAGGAGCCGAGGCUUCGUCGGGCUCGUUUCAGCUCCUUUCGCAGGGUUCCCCGCUGCGCUCGCCGGGGAAACCCUGGUCUGAAGGAGCGGACCUGGAUCUGGAUCUGGAGCGGCGCACACAACCCCCCCUCCCCACCCUCAACGAACGCAUCCGGGAGGAGAUUUGCGCCUCAAAAAGCUCCUAAUUCGAUCGGUGUGAUGCGCGUAAAAAGCUAAUAUGAUCUCCCCGAGUGACGAUGGUUGUUGCAUUUGAGCUUCAGCAUCUCCGUGGUUUUGCAUUGAAAUCCAAGCAGCAUAAGAAGCAGCAGCAGCGGCGGCGGCGGCGGUGGUGGUGGUGCUUGUCCAAUGCAAAAGUGCUAAGGAUAGCUGCAGCCUACACACACUGCGAGUCUGCUGCUGCUUCACUUACUCUGAUCACCACCGAGGGAGACAUUACUAUCAGCAAGGGGGCAGCGGGAGGCACAAUUACCCAUCAUCAAUGUAAAUCUCACACAGGUUGCUUAAAUGAUGCUGUUCCUCACAGGUUCAACAUGAGAGGAGUGUCUAUCAGAUGAAAAGGUGAACUGCAGCACUAAAACAGGACCUACUGACAAGUGCCGCAUCUCUCCCCGCUCCAUCACCCGGCAACAUGGCUAAUGCUGAGGAAGUGGAGCAGGCAGGUCUGUCCGACUUGGAGAUCAUCUCCCAGCCGGUGGAGGAUGAGAACCAGUGUUUGGCUCCACCAGUUCAGCUGGUGAGUUUUGGCUACAGAGAUCUUCCCCUCACGGCUCUGGACCUGUCGCUGGCCGGUUCUCAGCUCCUCUCCAACGCAGAUGAAGAUGAAAACAGGGAAGGGUCCAACUGGCUGAAGCCGUGCUGUGGUCGUCGCGUGGCCCUGUGGCAGGUCUGUCUGCUCAGCGCCGGUUUCAACUGUGUCCUGGUGGCCUGUGUCAUCUUGGUGGUGCUUUUCCUGUCUCUGGAGCUGCUCAUAGACACCAAACUCCUACAAUUUUCCAACGCUUUCCAAUUUGCCAGCAUUAUCCACUGGAUCAGCCUUAUCAUUUUGUCCCUCUUCUUUUCAGAGACUGUCUUCAGGAUUGUAGUGCUUGGUAUCUGGGACUACAUAGAGAACAAAGUAGAGGUGUUUGAUGGCGCUGUCAUUGUUCUGUCCCUGGCUCCCAUGGUGGCCUCGACAGUGGCCAACGGGCCCAGCAGCCCCUGGGACGCCAUCAGCCUCAUCAUCACGCUCCGCAUCUGGAGGGUGAAGAGGAUCAUCGACGCUUAUGUGCUUCAAGUCAAAGUAGAGAUGGAGCUGGAGAUCCAGCAGUGUGAGAAAACGAAAGCUGUGAGAGAGGAGCAGCUGGAGCGUCUCACUCAGAUCUGCCAGGAACAGGCUUUUGAGAUCAGGCAGCUGAGGGCACAUCUGGCCCAACAGGACUUGGACCUUGCAGCAGAGCGUGAAGCAGCCAUGCAGAUCCACCACGUCUGGGGCAAACAGGGCAGGAAUUUUCAGGUUGUAGAAGGGCUGACUCCCGGGGAGUCUGAUGAUGAGGGCGUCCAGAGAAACCCCAGAGACCCCCAUCCCACCACAGAUCCAGUUGUACGUGACGACAUGAACAACUACAUCAGCCAGUACUACAGUGAAGCAAGUAGUGAUGCCGGAGCGUCUGGUUUAGGUGCCUGUGUGAUCACCACCGCAGCCAUUGACGUUCACCUCCCCACCAAUCCAAACCCCAUCCACUCCAACCCGAUGCUUGCCAUGGAGCGGGUAGGCAGCGCUGUCAGUGACGUCUCCACCAGCAUAUCACGGUCCAGUGGGAGCCUGACAGCCCGCCCCCACAGCCUGAGUAGCCACACUCCAGGUUCAUCCAUGACAGACUGCAGCAGCAGCACAGCCCAGGACCUCAGCCUGAGCUACAGCGCCCACCGCUGCUGCCCCCCCUCCUUCUCAGGCCAGGACCCCUGCAGGGACCCUAGCAUGGUGGUGCAGGAGAUCCUCUCCUCUCUCACCGAGGACUCCUGCCUCGCUCAGAAGGGCCUGGCUGUGGACCCUGUCAACCUUAAGCUUCCCAGUCCCACUGGCUCAGAAAAAGCCAGCCCGGAGCUGGACAACAGAAUAAACAUCUUCAACCGCAGGAACCAGGAGGAGAGGCGAGGACAGGGAAGGGGCUGCGUGUUGUUGCAGACCAAGCCUCUGAUCCACCUUCAGGGCAGCACCAACGAACCCUCUCUGGAGGAGAAGUACCGGCUCCUGGGACCAGCCGACACACCUCUGGGGCACAUGCCCGAUACAUAAGCUACAUUUACACAGAAACAGAAUGCAAGCUUUUUUCUCUUUCUACUGCCACACUGUUUGGCUUAUUUCUGAACUGAUGUGGAAGCUUGUGAGAGGGACCACACAAGGUUUAAACAGUUGGAUUUUUCUGUUGCUGUGUAAAUCCAGUCUUAGCCAUCCAGAGAAACUUGAGCCUAAGCUUCCAGCUUACACUAAUACUCCUUACCUUGAUGUGUUCAGAAGUCAGUAGUUAAAGUGACAAUAAAAACUCUUUUCCAUACUGUUCAACAUCCCCUGUUCCUCCUUGAUGGAUCUUUGAAACAACAAAUGCCCUGAUAUAGCACAAUGAAGACAAUUAUAUCCCAGUAAAGGGAUUCUAAUGUGUUCUUGGACACAUUCUUCAUCAGGAAUUCUCACUUUGAAUAGGUCCUAAAUGCACUGAACUUUAUAAGAAUUAAAACCAGCAAGGGACCAUUCAGGCCUAUACUGAACAAAAACUUUAUUGCUAAAACAGUGUUGCAAGCCAAGACACUGCUCUCUGCUUUUGGGAAAUUAAGCAGAUAAAAUGAGUGUUUUAUAACGGAUUUUCGUGUUAAUUUGUUUCUUUUCAUUUGUAUUAUCAACUUUAAACAUUAAUCAUCCAGUUUUUUUUGUUAAAAAAGCCACAGGGUACAUAAGACUGGCUUAUCUAUACAAAAAGCCAUUUUUUUUACCUUUGCCUUUCUGUCACCUAUUUGUUUAAUUUGGAACCAUGGAGCGUUAUGAAAAUGUAUUGAAUAGUAUUUUUGUUUUAAGACAAGUUGUUAGGUUUCGUUUUGUGUGGAUGAAAUGAAAAGGUAAAUGAGUGGAGUCAAAUGAGACUAGAUUGGAGUGCUUGUAGCAUGAACCUUUAAAAGAAAUGUGCCCUAAAUGGCAAGCAAAUUCUUUGCACUUUAAUGUUUACAGACACUUUUGUAAACUUGAUAUGGAGGACAUAAUUGCCAAAUACAGGUGUUGUAAUUUGAAACAAAAUAGCAAAAAUAAAAGUAUUUCCUUAAGGUC